AUGGCCGAAGCACUAAGUGAUGAUAUCGAAUCUAAUAGCAGUAAUCCAAUUUCUGUUCAAGUCAAUUAUCCCGGCCCAAAACAUGAUAUUCAAUAUCCACUAAAUAUCCAAUAUUGCGGCGAAUGCUCUCUACCACUUGAAUAUUGUGAAUAUGGCGCAGAUCCUGAACGAUGCCGUGAAUGGCUCGAACGUACAUUACCUGAUUUAUUAAAUCAAAUGCAAGCAUCAGGGAAUGCUAAUGAUGAUAAAAGUGGCGAAAAAAAAAGACAAACUCGCGGUGGUAAAGGUAUGCCAAAAGGAAAGAAAAAGUUUGAAGCUCAAAGAAUUGUACUAAAUAAACAACAACGAAAAGGAAAUAAAUUUGUUACAAUUAUUCAAGGUCUUGCAUCGAAUGAAGUUGAUAUUGAAUUAGCGCGAAAAUUUUUUGCCCAAAAAUUUUCAUGUGGUUGUUCGAAAUCAGGUGAUGAUGAAUUGACAAUACAAGGUGAUGUUGUUAGUGAACUUAUUGAUUUAUUACCAGACAAAUGGAAUCAGAUUAAUCCUGAAUUGAUCGAAGAUAAAUCUUGA